AUGCACCCGGGUGGAGGAAUCGUCUUUGGCGCGGUGCGCACCAAGCAGGAGUUCAGCGCCUUUGGUGGAUGGAUCCGCUACGGCCAGAGCAAGUUGGCAAACCUGCUGUACGCGCGUGAGCUCGCACUUCGGUACCCGGCCAUGACCAGUAUCUCCGUCACGCCCGGAGUCGUGAAUACCGGGCUGGUCGAGAACCUAGGCUGCUUCAACCGCGCCUUCAUCUGGGUCACCAACUUGGGUCAGCUGAUGAAGCCGGAGGAAGGCGCCCAUAAUCAGCUCUGGGCUUCGACAGUCGCCAAGGACACCCUGCAGAAUGGCCAGUUCUACGAGCCGCUCGGGGUGCUCUCUACCAAAUUAGACAAGGCGUCCCAGGAUGCAGCGUUAGCUAAGCGGUUGUGGGAUUGGACUGAAGAGGCCUUGCAGGCAUACCUGUGA